AUGCCGAAUGUCGGUAGCGCUGGUCAACGAAAGCUAGUGGGUGCCAAGGUGCUCGUGGUUGGGGCAGGCGGAUUGGGUUCCCCGGUUUCGCUUUAUCUGGCACUGGCAGGAGUCGGCACGAUAGGCAUCGUAGAUUUCGAUGUGGUUGAUGUGAGCAAUUUGCAGCGGCAAAUACUUCAUACGAAUGCCGAUGUCGGACGCAGGAAAGUGAUUUCUGCGAAAGAGACGCUCCAAGCCCACAACCCUGAAGUUAAUGUCAUCAACAACUUCGCAACGCGUUAUCUGGUUAACGACGCCGCGUAUCUCGCCGGCAAGCCGCUUGUGGAUGGGGCCAUCUUGGUGUUCGAUGGUCAGGCUGCGACAUACAUCCCGGGGCAGGGUUGCUACCGCUGCUUGUUCCCAGAUCCGCCGCCGCCAGGAGAAGUCCCGAACUGCGCCGAAGCCGGCGUAAUCGGCGCGUUGCCUGGACUAGUUGGUUCGAUCCAAGCGCUUGAGACGAUCAAGUUGGUUAUGGAUAUUGGAGAGACUUUGUCGGCCCGGAUGUUAAUCAUCGACGCCUUGACGAUGGAGUUCCGCGAGAUAAAAGUCCGGCGCAAUCCCAACUGCAAAUUGUGCGGAGACAAUCCGGAAGUCACCGAAUUGAUCGACUACGAGAUUUUCUGCGGCAUCGCGCCGCCGCAGGCCGUCGCAUAA